AUGGCUGCUUUAACUUUUGCGACUCACGACCACGCGACUAAAUUGUGCUAUCAUUAUAUUUCUUCAAUUACUACUAAUAUUACAGUAAACGAGUCGAAUGUUGAGACUUCAAAACUUACGCAUUCAGACGGAAACUCUAUAAAUGGUUCCAAUAACUUAAUUUCACACUUAGCGGAAACUUACGCGCGUGAACUAACUACGAUUGAAGCUGAGACGGGUGAGUUGAAAAAAUGGCUGGAAGAUACAACUACAAUUGAUAAAAAUGCAACAGAAAUUGCGAAAAAACUCGAUGAACAUUUGGCAUCGAGAACUUAUCUUGUUGGAAACAAGUUAUCAGCUGGAGAUUUGGCCACGUUUGCUCGAAUUCAUGGAUAUAUGGCAGGUUUACCAACUCAAAAGAGAUUCGAGAGCCCUAAUCUGACAAGAUGGUUUGACUUUAUUCAACACACAGCAGCCGUUGAAGCAGGACCUAAAGCAGGGUUAAAUUUAAUAGAGAUUGAUUUGGAAGCACCAAGGGUCGCAAAAAAAGUUGAACCACGAAAACCGAAGCCGGAAAAACAAGCAGGAUCGUCAACAACUACAGCAGCAGAAAAUGAACCUGCAAAAGGCGAUAGAGAAAAUAAAGCGAAUAAAAAGCCGGGAAAAGAAGCUGUUGAAAAAGCUCCCAAAAAGGGCGGAGAGAAAAAGGAUGCCGCGAAAGGUGGUAAACAAGCUGCUGCUGCACCAAUAUCUAUAGUGCCAUCAUUGCUUGAUCUUCGGGUGGGACAUAUUGUUAAGGUUGAAAAACAUCCAGAUGCUGACUCAUUGUAUGUCGAACAAAUUAAUGUCGGUGAGAAUGAACCUAGAACUGUGGUUAGUGGUCUAGUAAAUCACAUACCAGUUGAUCAGAUGCAGGACCGUGAUGUAGUAUUAGUAUGUAAUUUAAAACCAGCAGCAAUGCGUGGCAUAAAAUCAUUUGCUAUGGUUCUUGCUGCGACAUCACUGGAGGGCAAGGUUGAGUUAGUCGAACCACCAGCUGGCUCUCAACCUGGUGAACGUGUAUAUUUCGAAGGCUAUAAAGAGGGGUCUCCUGAACCACAACUUAAUCCUAAGAAAAAAGUUUGGGAGACAUUGCAGCCUGGUUUGAUUACUACUAGUAAUAAAGAAGCAUCCUGGACUGAUGGCACGGAUCAAAGUGUUCAUUUACUAAGAACAGACAAAGGUGUAUGCACCGUUCCUACUGUGGUCAAUGCUUCUAUUAAAUGA